AUGGCUAGAGUUUUAUGGCUUAAUGAUGAGCCCAUUAAAGGUAGCGUGGAAACCUUUAAUUGGUUACAGGAUCAACACAAAAAUUGCUAUAUAGUAACCAAUAAUUCUACAAGAACCCGUGAGAAUUUAAAAGAAAAAGCUUGUUCUAUGGGCUUGGAAGUAGCAGAGCAACAAAUAAUUACUACCACAUACAGUACGGCCAAAUAUUUGGAAAAGUUAAAGUUUAAUAAGCAGGCCUAUGUUAUAGGCACUCAAGGACUGGCCCAAGAGUUGCAGAACUUAAAACUAAAACACCUAGCAAUAGAAAGGGAACCCAUGAUAGGUUCCACCAAAGAUUUAAGAGAUAAUCUAAAACUUGAACAGGAUGUGGGAGCAGUUAUAGUGGGCUUUGAUGAGUUUUUCAGUUUUCCCAAACUAACCAAAGCCUUUUGCUAUCUUAAUGAUCCCCAGUGUUUAUUUAUAGCCACUAAUACUGAUGAUCAGGGACCUACACCCACAAUUAUGCUGCCUGGAACGGGAUGUUUUGUAAAGGCCAUAGAAACCUGUAGCAAACGCUUAGCCACUGUAAUAGGAAAACCAAAUGCUGAAUUUAUCAAACCUUUCAUAAAAAAUGGUUGCAUAAAACCCUUAACAACAUUAAUGAUAGGAGAUCGAGGUUCCACCGACAUGCUAUUUGGUUACAAUUGUGGCUUCUACACACUGUUUGUCUCCACUGGCGUUGAUACUCUGGCAGAUAUUAAACAAUGGCAAGCAGCUGAUAAUUGUGAAUUACGAAAACAAAUACCGGAUUUUUAUCUACCAAAAUUGGGAGAUUUAAUUGAAAUUUUAAAUGAGUGAAUUUCAUAGUACUUUAAAAACAAAUUUUUGUUUAAAGCUUUAAAAGA